AGAGGUGAAGCGUGCAACAUUGAACUUGUGCGUGUGUGUCGCUUCUCCGUGCCACGAUUCGUCGUUUCUUGUCCAUCUUGUGAAGGCAGCAGAAGCAGUCCCCGGCGCUGUCCCGAAGGCCUCUGAUCGCAUUCAAUGUGUCUUUCUCCCGGUGUCGUGUCUGGCGGCACGCCGUCGAGGCUCUAAGCGCUCCUCCGCCUGCAGACUGAGCGCUGUAAGGUCUCGCGAGAGCUCCGGCGUUCGCUGUGGUUGGCUGAGGCUUUGCAGCAGACAGAGGGAGAAGGCAGGCAGGCAGCAUCAUGGCGGACAGAGAUAGUGGAAGUGAGCAGGGAGGAGCAGCCACGGGCCCAGGCUUCGGCUCCAUGCAUCUAGCGACAGGAGGGGCGGGCUCGGCUUCCGGCCUCCAGCAUGAGACACAAGAGCUGGCGUCGAAGCGGGUUGACAUCCAAAACAAACGCUUCUAUUUAGACGUGAAGCAGAACGCGAAAGGCCGCUUCUUAAAGAUAGCAGAAGUCGGGGCCGGUGGAAACAAGAGCCGCCUCACUCUCUCCAUGUCCGUGGCGGUCGAGUUCCGUGACUACUUGGGAGACUUCAUCGAACAUUAUGCCCAGCUGGGUCCGAGUAACCCUGGACUGGUACAAGACGAGCCCAGGCGAGCACUCAAAAGCGAGUUCUUGGUCCGAGAAAAUCGGAAAUACUAUAUGGAUCUGAAAGAGAACCAGAGAGGACGGUUUCUGAGGAUUCGACAGACCGUUAACCGGGGGCCCGGUUUGGGAUCCACGCAAGGCCAGACGAUUGCUUUGCCUGCCCAGGGACUUAUUGAGUUUCGUGACGCUCUGGCUAAACUUAUUGACGAUUACGGUGUAGAGGACGAACCUGCAGAGUUGCCCGAAGGGUCAUCAUUGACUGUGGACAACAAACGCUUUUUCUUCGACGUCGGAUCCAAUAAGUAUGGUGUGUUCAUGAGGGUAAGCGAGGUGAAGCCAACGUACCGCAACUCAAUUACGGUGCCCUACAAAGUGUGGUCCAAAUUUGGGAAUACUUUCAGUAAAUAUGCCGAGGAGAUGAAGAAGAUCCAGGAGAAGCAGCGGGAGAAAAGGGCAUCUGAGCUGCAGCAACAAGAGGAGAUGCAGGCGGACGAUGGAGAUGAGGAUUGAUACAGAGAGCAAAAACCAUGCAAGAGUAAUGAAAAUAACAAGAGAAUUAUAAUUAAAAACUCUACUGUAUAAAGAAAGAAAUCUAAAGAUUUAACUGUAAUGGUUUAACUCCAAGGGAGCAUCACCCACAAUAUAAGAAACCUCCACAACCUGACAGUUAUGACAUGUUGUCACUCAUCGCUGGAUGUUACCCCACUUAUCCACCAUUAAUACAGUAACAGGCUGCUAAACAAAGUAAUAACAAUAUAUUUGAACAUUGUUUCCUACUUGACAAACAAUAUUGAACUGAGUGUUUAUUUCCCUUAUUAACAGAAAAAAAAAACUUUUGUACCAGUUAAAAGCUGUUGUAAAAAAAAAAAGAAAAAAAAAGUGUUUGCAAUGUUCAAAUGAAAUUAUUGCCGAGUUCCGAGGAAAGAGCGUUUCCUUUUCAUGUGAGCUAAUGACUUCAGCACAAAUCAGAUAUUUUAAUUUUUGAAGAAAAAAAACCCCAACAACAACCAAAAUUCCAAAACUUUGUUUAAAAGUUGUCACAUGUACAUGCCAUCCUAUUUACCUUUACCUGUGAGUAGAGAUGUGUUUACACAUGAAUCACAUGAGGGCUAGGCCUGCUUCGGAAAAAAAACUGGUUAGAUGUCAUGCAGUAUAAAAGGAACAUCUAGGCAUUUUUCAUGAAAUGAAAUAAGUGCUCUGUUUGUUGUGCAAUAUGCAUUGCAUAAAAAAAAAAUCUAUCGAAGUGGUCAGUGGAUCUCGACAUGAUGACAUUUGCCAGAGGCAUUCAAAGAAAUCUUAAUAUUGUAAUUAUUUUUCAUUUGAAAUUGUUGCCAUGCAGAUGGUUAUAUUAUAGACUACCUUUGUGUCUCGUUGUUAAUGCAAUGUGUUCAUUUUAAAGGUACUAAAUGUGUAUUCGAUAGAGGAAAUGCAGUGACAACAUGUAGCAAAUGGCCUGAAUUGCAGAUUAAUUAACAAGACAAACACCCUCCAACAUAGUGUGCUGAUUAGCUUUAGUGGUCUGAUGAGGAGAGAAAAAAAAAAGAGAAGUAAAAUGAAGCAGAGCAUUGUUGGUUAGUCCAUCGGAAACCGAGAAACAUUUUGUGAUCUUGUUCAGUCGUAAAAAUCCAAAUGGUGCCAAGGAGUGCUGUUGCUGCAUGUUAAUCUGCACUAAGAUAGAUUUCGUUGGUCUCCCAAAAUAUUGGCUCAAGGACCCUUCCAUAUGUAUCUUUAUCUGCCUAUAGUGUACGGAUCUCAAGUUUGAGUACAGAGUGAUUUCCAUCCAAAGGCUUGGUGUAGUUGUAGUGGAAGUUGUUUCAGAGCGCGAUUGUAAAAACAAAAGAAAAAAGAAAAAAAAAGAGUGACCUUGCAAACUGUAAUCAAAAUAUCAGCAUCACACCGAGGAGGGCCGCUGUGGAGCACACCUGAGGUGAAGACGGUUCAGUUUCACCUGUUGGCGGAGCUUCUCGGCCGUGCAUCUACGGACGUGCCCAUCCCCACAAGUUUAAGAUGUGGACUUUGGAUACGUGCUCAUAGCUCUACUUCUAGAUUUGUAGGCCCAAAUAUCAAACUGGGGAUGAUGAGAUUCAGUUUUGGUCUAAUUGUAAAUAUUUGGGCUGCCACACGGAAAACAACUGGUUCUAUUCCAGUUCAGUCGCAUCUCAUAGAUGUGUGAUAGCAGUUUUAUAAACUCUGUCAGUAAACUCCAGAGAAACUGGCAACAAUCAGAUAAUGUCAGAUUUACCUCAGCAUUGAAUUAAAUGAUUGCUCCCAUGUUUAGAUUGACUGGAAACCAGCAAACUAGACUGUCCUUGACCACCUAUUUUUGGAGCCUCUGGUAUAGCCUAAACAAUACCUGAUUGGGAGCAUCCUCUUCAGCAUAUAAACAACCUGGUGCCUUACACACUCCGCAUGCUUACACGCUGGCCUGGUGCUUUGGAUCGCAGUUUGGCUUCUUUUUUUGUUAUCGUUCCGUCUUUCUUUCUUCCAUUCUUGUAUCUCAGCCCCCUUGUGUGCUACCGCACAACUCGUGGUGCUAAAAGGGUUUGUUACAAACUCUUGAGAAAGAAAAAAAAAUGGGAGCAGAAUUCUUAACUUUUUUCUGCUACCUUCCUCCCUUCCUUCCUUCCUUCCUUGCUUCCUUUCCCUUCCCUUCCCUAAUUCUAUUGCCUUCCCCCGGUUCCCCAGCCAUCCAGGUAUCGGCCUACAUGUAAACAUGGAAGGGGGUGGUCACCUAGACGCAAGAUGAUGCAGAAGAGUUGGCUCUUCACUAGCCAAGCACAUUAGCAGGGAGAGCAGGGGCUAUUUGGGAACAUCAGUAGUGGCCUGAAAUGAUCAGAAUUUUUUUUUGUCAGCAAGCCCCCUUUGAAAUGCUCGUACUAUGGCUUGGGUAGUUCUGUGUAAGUUGUAAGUCGCUCAAUUAAUGGGGAGCAGCAAGCAUGUCUUGUUUUGUGUUUUGUUUUACAUAGUUUUACCUUUUCAGCAUUAUUCCACAUUAUUUGUAAUUUUGGAAUGUUUUCGCCCACAAAAAAUAUAUCUAUUUUUUCUGUGCAACAUUUCAUCACUGUGUGCAAUAUCGUAUGUGCCAAUGGUGGCAAUAUAUGUAUAUCAAUUAAAUAUAUGAUUACUAUUUGAAAGCAUGUGGCUGAAUUCCAUGUUUAUUUCUCAUGAAGGAGUUGUAUGCCUUUAUUUGCACUCGAAAAGCUCCAUCCUAGAGGAAAAAAUAGUAAACCAAGGUCUUAGCAGCCUGUUGGGUCAAGGAGUUCACAUAAGUACUUUAACUUGAAAUAAAACAAUGUCACUGCAAUUAUGUCUCUCUUUAGGAAAAUGGCUUCUGGGUUGUUGAAGGUAAACCCACAACGGUGUUUUUGUGAAAAGGAAAAACUUAAAACAGUGAAAUCUCCAUUUUAGCUUUAAGCUAAGAAAAGGUGCUUCAGUCCAAUCCUCAUUAAGAUGUUUGGUGAACUGUUUUCAGUGGUUGUUGUGUGUAGCACUUUGCUUUCCCAGGUUAAUGAAAUGCCUGACCAAUACUUGUUUAAAAAUGAUCUGAACAAAGAAUGUCGUUCUCUCUUAUGUUGGUUCUUUUUUCUUUUUCUUUUUUUUUCUUUUUUUUAAAGAGAGUAUUUGAUUUGCUCAUUUGGUUUUGAUGCAUUAAAUAUAAUUUAUGUACAUUUGACAAAUUUUAAAAAUAAAUUUAAUUUACCCAUGAGGGAAAAUCUACUUUCAAAAUGUAUGUGUUUUUUUUUUGUUUCAUCUCUUCCCAAAAUGUCUACGACUCACUGCUGAAGAGUGUUUCGUUUUGAUGUAGUGUUUUCCACCAUGUCUGACUCUACAUUUGCAAUGAUACUAAUUACUAAAGCUUAAUUUUACAGCCUUUUAAGAUGCAAACUUGCGAUGACAAGUACCCGACGACUCAUUUCUUCUUAGACAUUUCUACAUUAGCACUGUAUGUAUAAUACCAGGCUGUAAAAUAAAGCAUUACUUUGUUCUCUAA